AUGCCAGAAUGGAAAUUUUGGUGUUCUUCGGCUGGAGUUGAUGAAGUUGAAGAAGAAUUUCCUAGGCUUUCUGAGCUUACUUUAUGGAAUUGCCCCAAGUUGAGAGGCAAAUUACACAGCUGCCUUCCUUCCUGUGUAAAGGUUACGAUUGCAAAAUGCCCAUUGUUGGUAGAUUCACAUGAAAAACUACCAGUGCUUAGUGAACUGAGAUUAGAAGAAUGCAAUGAGGUGACACUUAAAUGCAUGGUUGAUAUCUCCUCCCUAACUACAUUGAACCUUAGGAGCAUGUCAGAGCUUACAUGUUUGGAGGACUUUCUGCUGUCACAGGCAACACUUAAAGUUCUGGUGAUUUCCAAUUUCCCCAAACUAAACUAUUUGUGGCAAAAUGGAACUGGAUUGGAAAAUCGUGAACAUCCUCAUUUUAUGUCAUUGACAGAGAUUGGUAUGUCCAGCAGGACUCCUAAAAGUUCAAAAUUGUUGAGCUGUGAUAAACUGGAGCUUCUGCCAAUCCACAAGGUGCACAGCCUUUUGUCUCUUGAGGAUCUGUGUAUUGAAUCAUGCCCCAAGCUUGUGUCCGUCCCUGAGGCUGGACUUUUAUUAUCACUCAGACAUCUGGUAUUUCGGGAUUGUAAAGCUCUUAAAUCUCUCCCGGAUGGUUUGUGCAAGUGUCCUCUUGAAGACUUGGAGAUAGAAGAGUGUCCAUCACUCAAAUGCUUUCCAGGAGGCAUGUUACCUACGACGUUAAAAGGGUUGAAGAUUCGAUACUGUGCGGGAUUAUGGUCUCUACCAGUGGGGAUGAUGCACAAUGAAAAUGGCCCUGACACCUUGCGUCAUUUUGAGCACUUGGAGAUAAUUGGUUGUCCAUCUAUCACAUCCUUUCCUGCUGGGAAAUUACCAACUCGACUCAAGACAUUAAAAAUUUGGGAUUGUUCUCAAUUGGAGCCACUUUCUGAAAGGUUGCUGCAUGAUGAUAUGUCCCUUCAAUACAUAGCCAUUUCGGAUUGCGAAACUCUGACAAGUUGGCCUGAGUGCCUUAGCAGCUUCAAGCUUCUUACUGAAUUGAAUUUGAGUAAUUGUUCUGAUCUCAAAUGCUUUCCAGGAGUUGGCCCCUUCCUCCCUAGCCUCAGAACGUUGAAUAUUUACAAUUGCAAAAAGCUCAAGUCUCUGCCCAAUGAGUUGCAAAAACUCACAUCUCUGCAUGAACUGACAAUUUGUAGCUGCCCAGCUCUUGAAUCCUUUCCAAACGGGUAUCUGCCUCCAAACUUGACAUCACUUGAGGUCUGGGAUUGUGAUAAUCUUGACAGGCGCCUUUCAAACUGGAACUUGCAAAGUCUAGCCUUUCUUAGAGAUUUUAGUAUAGCUGGUGGAUGUUUUUCAGACACUGUAACCUUUCCAGAUGAGGAUUGUCUGCUUCCCACAACUCUAACUUCUGUUUGGAUUGGAAGACUUCCAAAUUUGGAAUCUCUAUCCAUGCAGCUCCAAAGCCUUGCAUCUCUAGAAGAGCUAGAGAUUGUUGAUUGUCGUAAAUUGAAGUCCUUGCCAAAGGAAUGUCUACCUCGUGCACUUGGAAGAUUCAGCAUCAGGGACUGUCCAUUGCUGACUUGGCGCUGCUCCAAGGAGAAAGGAUUGUACUGGCCAUUGAUAUCCCAUAUCCCUUGUGUGGAGAUAAUUGAUGGCAAUGACAUGUAG